AUGGGAAGAGCGAGAGUUGAGGACGACAACUGGUUCGGUGUCCAGGAUCCACGCAAGAGAAAACAAAUCCAGGACAGACUUGCCCAAAGAGCACGAAGGAAACGCCUCGCAGAAGCCAAAGCACAAGCGACUACGACCUCUUCUUCUGAUACCGCCACUGGUAGUGGCGUUUCACCUGAGUCCGGCGACGACAGUGCCGACAACGCCUCACAAGGCCUGGUCCCGGGAGUCCCUCGACUCCCAAGUCUGUACCAGGUCAUGGUGCCUACCAGCAAGGAAGACCAAUUUGUGACUUCGACCAUGUCCGGGUCCGUCUAUGCUGCUCUCUUCAACAAUGGUGCUAUGAUGGGACUCGCCUGUUCGUGUGUGAUCCCAGGCCGAUCCACUCCCGUCGGUGCCGAAAUUCCUGAAUCUUUGCAUCCGACUACCUUACAGCUCACCACCAUCCAUCCUCGAUGGAUUGACCGCUUUCCUUUUCCCAAGAUGAGAGAUAACAUGAUUACUCUGAUGGGGAUUAUUGACGAAGAAGAGUUUCUCGGUGAUCUGUUCUGCUUGACGAGUUUCACAUUGGAUCCUGGCGCUGCUCCCUGGGAUCCUCGCGCGUGGAAGAUUGGAAAAGAAUUCUCCGCAAAAUGGGGCUAUUUAUUUUACUAG